AUGGAUGAGAUCGCCCCCGAAUAUGAUGUUGUUGUUCUCGGCACUGGCCUGACCGAGUGUGUGCUUUCCGGUGUUCUGAGUGUCAAGGGAAAUAAGGUUCUUCACAUCGAUCGCAAUGACCACUACGGAGGAGAGGCUGCUUCCGUGAACAUCGAAACACUUUUCAAAAAAUACGGCAACGUCCGCCCCGGCGAAGAGCCAUGGAAGAAGUAUGGACGGGUCAAUGACUGGAACAUUGACCUGGUCCCCAAGCUGCUGAUGGCCAACGGCGAGUUGACGAAUAUCCUGGUUUCCACCGAUGUCACACGUUACCUCGAGUUCAAGCAGAUUGCCGGCAGCUACGUCCAACAAGGAAAGAGCCCCAAGGCCACUGUGGCGAAGGUUCCUUCAGAUGCCAACGAAGCACUUCGCUCGUCUCUCAUGGGCCUGUUUGAGAAGCGGAGAGCCAAGAAGUUCCUCGAAUGGGUUGGCGAAUUCAAGGAAGACGAUCCUAGCACUCACCAGGGCUUGAACAUUGCUCAGUGCACCAUGAAGGAAGUCUAUGACAAAUUCAGCUUGGAAGAAAACACCCGUGACUUCAUUGGCCACUCAAUGGCCUUAUACCAGUCCGAUGAGUAUAUUGAAAAGAGCGGAAUGGCCGCUGAUGCCAUCAACCGCAUCCGCUUGUACGUGAACUCUAUGGCGCGCUACGGCAAGUCGCCCUACAUCUACCCGCUCUACGGUCUGGGCGAGCUCCCCCAGGGCUUCGCUCGUUUGUCUGCUAUCUAUGGAGGUACCUACAUGCUUAACACCAACAUCGAUGAGGUCCUCUAUGAGAACGGCAAGGUUUCUGGAAUCAAGGCCACCAUGAAGGACCGGGAUGACAACGGCGAAACCAUGAAGUUCACCACCAAGACUAAGAAGAUUUUGGCCGACCCAUCUUAUUUCCCUGACAAGGCCAAGGUCACCGGAUACUUGCUGAAGGCGAUCUGCAUCUUGAAACACCCCAUCGACAAGACGGAUGGUAGCGACUCCCUGCAGCUGAUCAUUCCCCAGUCGCAGGUUGGAAGAAAGCACGAUAUCUACAUCGCUAUGGUUUCAUCGGCACACAACGUUUGCCCUAAGGGCUACUAUAUCGCUAUCGUCUCGACCAUUGCUGAGUCUGAUGUUAACCACCAUAUUGAGCUGGAGCCUGGCUUUGAGCGUUUGGGUGAAAUCGAGGAGAAGUUCUUCGGUCCCCCCAUUCCGCUUUACGAGCCUCUGGAGAGCGGUGAGAAUGACAACAUCUUCAUCUCCAAGAGCUACGAUGCUACAUCUCAUUUCGAAACCACAACAGCCGAUGUUCGUGACAUCUAUCGCCGUGCGACAGGUGAAGAGCUCGUCGUUGAAGGCCUCCGGGAGGAUCAGCGGCUUGCCCAAGAGUAAAUACGCUGUUAUCGCAUUUGAGAAUUAGGUAAUAUAUCAUUGCUUUGGAUGUUUUAACUUGAGCCAUAAUUUCUUUUGGACUUCCUUUUCCUUUGCUUAUCCUCUUUUGCAUCCCCCAGACAUGGCAAGCUUGGAGACAGUACAUUCCCUCCACUUUUGGUAUAUAUUGUACCCAUAAGAUAAGUAGACACCGGGUGCCUCUGAAGAUCCCGAGGGCCCGGUGUUAUGUUUUCUCGGUUGUCCUACUCAGACCAUCAA